CCUCUAUCCCCUCCACUCCACGCACCCGACUUCAACUGCACACACUCCUUGAUCUCUCAUGGAGACGGCGGCUGCUAGUCGGUCCAGCGGGCCAGUGCUGUCGACAUCCAACUGCCGCUCCGCCUCACCCACCCCCGUCAAACUCGCCGGCGGCAGCGCCACACACUCGCCGGGGCCGGGCAAAUCCGUCAGCGGCUCGUCCCCGUCCUCUACCAGGAGCCGGCGCUUCUGCACGUGCUCCCCGACGAACCACCCGGGCUCGUUCCGGUGUAGCCUCCACAAGGCGCGCAAGCAGGCGGCCCCCGCCGGCAGUAGCAAGCCCGCCUCCCCGCCGUCCACCCGCGGUCCGGGCUCGAAGCGAAUGAACAGCCGGCAGUGCGCCCGCAGGGCCCUCGCGCCGUCCGCCGCGGCGCAGCAGUCGCAGCACCUGAGGCGCGCGGGCGGGUUAAUCCCCAGGACGAGCAGGCUCUCCGCCAUGUCCAUGGCUGGCGAGCGUCCCGGCGACAAGCUGUACUUUAUCAGCUUGGUUGUGGAAGUUAGUGUAGAUUUUCUUGUUUGGUUGUGGAACCUCGCACGGGGAAUUUAAAUCCCACAAUUCCAACGGGAUUUCUGUAGUUUUUAUUGUUUGGUUGUUGAAGGCGAUGAUGCUUUUUCAGUUCUGUUUCCUCGCCGGAAAUCAGCUGCUUGGCAUACCGAUAAUUAUCACCGGUGAGCUGUAUCUCAUGUCUCUAUCAAAUAGUAGGGCGUUC